GUCUGCAGACUGCAAUGGCAGUCGUCAAAUGCCAUAGUCGUGUACUUGUUCCAUUCUGUUGUGAUAGUCGUUUGCUUGGUAGCAACAGUUUCUUCGCGUUUCACCGUUCAUUUCACUAAGUGAUUUCAGUAGUUCGUCACCUGUUUUUAAAUAUGUAUAUACCUGUACACAUUUUGUGCGAAAUUAAAUUCAAAUAUUAUUUACGCUUGUGUAUAAAAUAAAUAAUUAAUUCGUGUGUUCGUGUAAUAUUCGUGUUAAUAUACCUGUAGUGACAAUGAUGGAAACUGCUAUGUUAUUCUACAAACAUAUAAGAUUACAAUAAAUUCCUACUAUAAUAUAUAUUGUAAUGGACAAUUGGAAUUGUACAGAUGUGUGAUUGAUUACCCAGAUGUCUAGCGCCAAUCAGGCGAACGUCGAGAGUGAAGUAUGACGCACGCGGGCCGUUUAUCGCCGGUAAUAUGCCCGCUAGCAAAGCUGGGACGGUCGUCUCCUGGUUCACUGGAGUUUACACCGUCCGUUCGGAACGUGCCGUUUCACCACCCGUACACAGUGCUAGAAGCCGAGACUAGCUUCACGUACAGUCCGACUUUACGGUGCAGCUCGCCGUGUUUGGAUCAAGGUUACCACACGUUAGUGACCGGUGGCGGUGUCGGCGAUUGUGCCAAUCUGCCGCUGCACUCUACAGCCACCAAGCACCGGCGGUCGCAGUCGCGGACGGUCAUCGGUUCCAACUUCGAUCGUCUCCGAGAUGAGCUGGUGCUCAAGAUAUUCUCGUACCUCAACAGCGCGGAGCUUUGCGCGUGCGCAGCCGUGUGCCACAGAUGGGAGAACCUCGCGUGGGAGCCCGUCCUGUGGCGGACGAUCGCGUUGUGCGGCGAGAACACCUGCGGCGACAAGGCGGUUAGGUGCGUGUUGCGCCGGCUGUGCGGCCGUACCAGGACGGGCGCGUGUCCCGAGGUGCAGAGGUUGUUCCUCAGCGAUGGCACCAAGAUAUCCGACAAGGGAUUAACGGCGUUGGCAAGACGAUGUCCCGAGCUCACGCACGUCCAGCUCCACGGUAGUCCAAACAUCACCAACGCGGCCAUAUCCGAGUUGGUUGCCCGCUGCCCCAACUUACAGCACCUGGACGUCACCGGUUGUGUUAAGGUAAGCACCGUUGGAGUGUACAGUCGUCCGGAGCCAUCGCUGAGACUGUGCCUGCAGUAUUUGGACUUAACUGACUGCCAGCUUGUCGACGAUUCAAAUCUAUGUGUGAUCGUUAGUAAUUGUCCACAACUAGCAUAUUUGUACCUGCGGCGAUGCACUAAAGUAACAGACGCCGGUAUCAAGUUCGUGCCGAGUUUCUGUUCGGCGUUGAAGGAACUGAGCGUUUCGGACUGCCAUCAGGUGACCGAUUUCGGGCUGUACGAGCUGGCCAAACUGGGCGCGCUACUGCGGUACCUGUCGGUGGCCAAAUGCGAUCAAGUGAGCGACGCGGGGCUGAAGGUGAUAGCGCGCCGGUGCUACAAGCUGCGGUACCUGAACGUGCGCGGCUGCGAGGCGGUCAGCGACGAUGCCAUCACGGUGCUGGCGCGGUCGUGCGCCCGACUCCGCGCGCUCGACAUCGGCAAGUGCGACGUGAGCGACGCGGGCCUCCGGGCGCUGGCCGAGAGCUGCCCCAACCUGAAGAAGCUCAGUCUCCGCAACUGUGACCUGGUCACCGAUCGCGGUAUACAGCUGAUUGCUUACUAUUGCCGCGGGCUGCAACAACUCAACAUACAAGACUGUCAGAUAUCCGCGGACGGGUACAAAGCCGUGAAGAAAUACUGCAAACGGUGCAUCAUCGAACACACCAAUCCCGGUUUCUUCUGAACGGCCACGUAGUCGUAAACACUUGGGUUGUAUAUACCGAGUGAUCCGUUUAGCGUAUAAUGGGUACACUCGUCAUUGACAUUUCUAUUAACGUUUUUGAAAAUAUUUUUUUCCGUAGCUUUAAGACGGACGAUAAGAAAUAAUAAUUUUUCAUCGUUAUCGCUUCAAAUAAAAAUACAAUUUUUAUUUCAUAAUAUCCCGAUACAAAAUAAUAUUAUUCAGAAUAUUUCAGUUUAAAGAUCAAUGUUUGAACGAGUAGUUUAUAAAUUACCUAUAUCUACGUAUUUAAUGAUUAGAUAAGCGAAAUAGCUGUGGACACUCCGUUCAUCUAAACUUUAAAUACUUAUAGGUACUACUAGAUCACUGCAGAGCUGUGCAGUUAAGAUUUAGCGCCCGGGACAAAAUUAAAAAUAUUAGCCCCCAUAUAUUCUAAAAAAAAAUUUUUGGCGCCCCCUUUAAAUAAUUAUUUAAGCCAUGCAUCCGGGGCACAUUCCCCCUAACUUCCCCCAACUUCCCCCCCUACGGCACGCCUCUGCCAGAUCACUUUACUUACUAAACUUUACUAUCUCAUGAACUACUCGUCCAAAAUUUAAUUUUUAUAUAUUAAAGUGCUCUGAUAAAUAAUCAGCUUUGAAAUAAGGAAUGAAAAAUGAAUGUUGUUAUUAAAAAGAUGAAAAAAAAUUGUUUUUUAUUAACUUAAAAUUAUAUAUAUAUAUA